AUGUCACUCUUCGGCCAAGUUAAACGCCAUACUCCCUCUGCCAAACCCCGUCGCUCACCUCUGCCCACCACCUCAUGGGACGCAGAAAAGAAAUACGACCUAUCUCCUUCUCCAUUACAGAUAGGUGGAGGGUACGGUAGAUUCUUCAGCGUCAUUUACCUACCUUAUCCUUCAUUCUUAUCAUCUUCGAAAUCAGACAACAGCAAUAAUCUAUUAAAUGGGAACUCACUAUCUUCUUCACCGUCUCGAACUCACUCUCGACAUUCCUCUCUAUCCCAUGGACAUGGACAUGGGUAUGGCAAGAACAAUAAUAGGAGGUAUAUAAAAUUAUACGUACCUAUACCGCCUCGUAUAUACACUCGACUGAACUCACCUCUACGUGUGAUACUACUCUUAGUUAUAGGUCUGAUAGUAGGAUUAUUCUUGCUGGGAUUUAGAAAGAGAGGGAACGGAGGUAGAUCAACGUGGACACCACCUUUCGUGGAUCCAGAUACGAGGGUGAUAACGGCAGAUGAAAGUGCGAUGAUUUGGGAAUGGGAAAUCCUCAGUGGACAUUAUCCAAGUACCCAACGGCCACCUGAUAACCUUCCCCUCUCUCCCUCUUUGCAUAACCCCGUUGUCCCCUCGUCACUCAUACCAAGCAUUACCACCCCGACUCCACUUGUCGCCUACCAAAAUCGGAAUUCCCCUUCUCAGCCUCAGAUAAAUCUUGUAGGUCAAGGUCCAGAGAGGAACUACCUCAACGCAUGGGAUACAAGAGAAGGUACACCGGGCUUCGCACCUAGACCUGCACCAGGGACUAUAUUGGAUUUGGAUUUGGUCUUGGAGAAAUGCGAUUUUGGGAAUAAUAAAUACGUCCGAGACUGUCUCGAAUUCCUUCGGAUCGGCGGAGGACUAGAUACAAACGGACGUGUGAGACGAGGAAACUACCUAUCACAGUACAAACAGAUGUACUACGAAUCGACUACACCGGAGAAGCGGAACGACUGGACACCACGCACCAACUCACUCACCACUCGAUCACCUGACUUGUCCCGAUCACCCCUCAGUCUACAAAACCCCUACCCCGUAUCAGCAAGUUUCGACUCUCGUGCUGCCUGCGACGAACUACAUCCUAGGAUAUUCCACAUGUUCUGGGCAGGUCCAUUCACCGAUAAACCAUAUAUGGCUGUGAUGUCUUUCCUAUUCACGCAGAACCUAGGGUUGGACAAACCGUUAGAAGCUACUUCGGAUAUAGUCAAGGGGACAUGUAGACCUCAAUUCUGGGUAUGGAUCAAUCCUGGUCCAGCUGCUGCUGUACCCAACCCCUCAGCGAAAAGAGAGAUGUACGAGAGUCUAGCGAUCAACCCAUGGUCCGCUCCAUUCUUACAUGAACGAUUUAGAGAAGUGGUCAAGUUCAAAAUGUGGAAUACGACUGAACAGUUAGAUGGGAUUGAUGAAUUGAAAGAUCACUGGAGGGAUAUGCAAAUUUUCAAUUCGGGUGGUAAUGUCUAUAAACAACAACAACAGAAAGAGAAGGCUGCUCCUACGACUUCUACAGUUGACGAUGCUCCGAAAUUAGGUGAAUUGUUAGAUGAAGUGAAAUCGGAGGUUAAUGAGGAAAGUGUAGAAGUACCUCAGACUACAUCUAAACCCAAAAAGAAAGAUAGUGUAUUUGAAAAAGUUGGUUCAUCCUCUGAAACGGAUUACGAUCGAUUAUCAGUGAUUUUAUCAGAUAUGGCGCGAUUCGUCUUGACUUAUCGAUUCGGUGGGAUCUACUUGGAUGCCGAUACGUUGUUUUUAAGGGAUUGGGAAGAACUAUGGAACUAUAGAGGUCAAUUCGCCUACAGAUGGUCAUGGCAUCAAAAAUAUAAUACGGCAGUAUUGAAAUUACAUAAGAAAUCUGCCUUGGCUACGUUCUUGUUCAAAACCGCUUUGGAGAAUGGAUUGGAUUUCCACCCCAUGACUGUUUCGAGAUAUUUGAAAGAUGCUGGGUUGGACAAAUUGCUGUUUAGAGUACCGGAUGCGCUGUUCGAUCCUGCUUGGUUGAAUAUGGAGAGGUAUCAGAGAGAAAGACCACCGUUCCCUUAUUUCCCAGAAUUCUCGGUAUUCUUCUCAAACGAUAAAUUUGAUACCGCCGGUCCACAGCCAUUAGGGUUCGAUGGUUUCUUCAGAGGUGCUUUCUCAUAUCAUUUCCAUAAUUUCUGGUGGCUCCCAUUCGACCCUUCGCGCAAUUGGCCAGACCUCGGACAAAGGUUCAUCAAAGGUGAAAAAGCACUUCGGGACGCUGCGAAAGCCUCGUCCAUCGAUGGACAAGCUCACCUAGUAGCCGAUGAUGUUGACCUUGACGAAGAGGCAGAUGAUAUCGGAAAGACCAAGAUCGAAGGUGAUAGUUUGGUUACUUCGAGGGAAGAUAUGGAUGAUGAGAUUGAUUUGAGUUGGUCGACCGUGCUUAAGAGGACGUUCGAAGGGUAUUUGAGAGGGGAGAGACCGAAUGCUUAUGGGGAGUGGUUGGAGUGGGAGGAGUAG